AUGGCCGAGGAAACAGAGAGGGCGUUCCACAACACGUGGCUUUUCAAAGCUGACGAUGUACUUAAUCGCUCGCCGUCGCGGAAACAAAUGACUGUGCCACAAAUCUUAAAAGUUUAUGAACUGAUAUACGACUUUCUCGUGAGACUAGCAUCUGUGCUUAAGCUUGAUGGACGAACCAUAUUGGCUGCAACGAUAUAUAUCCAUCGUUUCUAUAUGAGGAUGCCAAUUACUACAUCGAAAUACUUUGUUGCAUGUGCCGCUGUGGCCAUUUCUUGCAAGCUUCACGAUACUUAUAGACCGCCUGACAAGAUAGCACUCACAGGCUGCCAGAUUAAGCAUCCAGGGAAACAUGUGGACCAGCAUUCAAGCACGUUCUGGAGCUGGAGAGACCAGCUUCUAUAUCGUGAGGAGGUGAUGUUGAAAAACCUCAAUUUCGAAGUAUCGGUGGAUCUUCCGUACGAGAUCACUGAGGAGCUUCUCAAGAAGAAACCAGAGGACCUGAAGGGCAAUGGGUUUUAUGAAAAACUUGCAGACAUUCUCAAAAUCACAACCUCCAAAAUAGAGCUUCUAAGUGCAUUGCCGGUUUUGCUUGUUUAUGAUAUAUUUACCUUGUAUGGCGCCAUGUUGGUUCUCACAGUUAACGAAGCCAAAGAGAAGUUUGAGGAACUUGACGCCAUUAACUUACCAAAAGACUUUUGCAAAAUGAGAUUGGCGUCUCUGCCGAUGAGUGUUUCGAAUGCUAUCAGUUUAUACUAA